AUGGAUCCGGUGACACUGGGCGGACCCUGGAUGAUUGACGGAGUACAAAUACAGACAGAGUCACCCAGGCAGCCACUGCACCACAGGGGCCAGUUCUCCCAGGAGACCCACUACCACAGGAGGUCUGACACACAGACGCUGAGAGACUCAUCCAAUUCACACUCAAGAAGAAGCGACGGGGCGGACAUGUUGGCUCAUCUGGGGCAUUGUCAUGUGGCGUUGUCACAGGUAAGUUCUGUCUGGGUCAGCUCCGGUCCCACCCACUCUCAGCCAGUCGCUGGACGUCAUUCGCACCCAGGGGUUUGUCCUGGUGUUCUCUGGGACUUGUCUGGCACCACAGUAACAGUUCCACUUCCAGUAAUACAGUGAGUGGCUGCUGCUGCUCCUUCUACUGCUGCUGCUUGGAAACAUAGGCUCUAUGCGGGAAGGCCUAGCAUUCCUCCUGUGGCUUUUUUUUUUGAACCAAGGCCAGAAUGAUUUCCAAGACAUUCCGGAUGUGGAGUCUGGCUAAGCCUGUGUAUGCUAAUGAUAACAGGGCUACCACUGGCUACCGUUCUGCUUUAAAUUAAAAAGGCCAGGCACAGGCUCCAUGACAGCUGCACAGGGCUCUUUUUCUGGGGCAUAAGAUUAUGAAGAUUUUCACUGCAAGUCGUCUCCAUUUUCUGUGUGAAAGUUACAGUGCUGCCUACUGAUCCAGACCAGGAAGUGAUUUGAUCAGGGAUUAGUCAUUCUCAAGAGGUUGGCUCUUUCGCUUGUUUGACUGAUUAGAGUGAUUGACAGGUGACCUUGGAGCCAAACAGCUGGGAAUAGAUGUGGCUGUGCACUUUACAUUAUGGCUGCAGACAGAGACAUGUUGAUAUGCUAUAAAGUUUUAGGACUGUGUUCUGUUGUCUUUCAAGUCAUUUUAGAGAGGUCCUAUUUUAUUUUUGUACAAACAUAGUCUAAUAGAAAUAUACUUUUCUGUGAAUGCUUUGCUUUCUAAUAUAAGUGAUCUGUUUAAACAUUUGUAAUAUGAUAUCACUGGCAUUUGCAACUAAUUUCUAUGUGAAUUGAAUCACAUUCGUUUAAACAAUGAAAGCAAACAAGUCUGCACAUGUGGCGAUUUGCUUGGACGCAACGCAAUCUGAUUCAUGCGCCAUUUCAUAGCAAACCGGAGGUCCAUGUAAGGCAAUCGGCUUUUUCUUGUAAUGAAAUUAUAAGGCGGUCUUAUCCCGCAUUACAGGUCGUUUUUUUUUAUUUUCCUUGAAUAAAAUGAGAGCGCAUAUCCCACACUUUUAGUGAUACCAGAAUCAACAAUUGUCCCAUGACUCUGUCCAGCCACAGGGGCAUUUAGCGGGCAUAUCUCGUCCAGAGGGACGCCACAGAAUGACAGAGGGAGAAAUUACUGUGCUCUCCUUGGGGCCAACGACACAGCAAAACUACAGACCUCUCACACGGCUCUACUGUAUGAACGGAGGACAUCAUCUGCGGAUCCUACAAGAUGGGACUGUCGCGGGCAGCAGAGAUGAACAUAAAGAUGGUAAGAAUUGUUUUUGGGAGGUAUUCGAUAUUCUGAACUAUAAUAAACAGUUAGAUAAAUAUAUGAUGAAUGUUUAGUUUAGUUUUGGUAUUGUAGGCUAUAAACAUAAAUAUAGAGAGUCCCACACUUUAUACACUGAACAAAAAUAUAGACGCAACAUGUAAAGUGGUGGUCCCAUGAGCUCAAAUAAAACAACCCCAAAAUGUUCCAUAUGCACAAAAAGCGUAUUUCUCUCAAAUUUGUUUACAUCCCUGUUAGUGAGCAUUUUAUCCUUUGUCAAGAUAAUCCAUCCACCUGAAAGGUGUGGCAUAUUAAGAAGAUGAUUAAACAGCAUGAUCAUUACACAGGUGCACCUUGUGCUGGGUACAAUAAAAGGCCACUCUAAAAUGUGCAGUUUUGUCACACAACACAAUGCCUCAAGUGUCUCACGUUUUGAGGGAGCUUGCAAUUGGCAUGCUGACUGUAGUAAUGUCAACCAUAGCUGUUGACAGAUAAUUUAAUGUGAAUUUCUCUACCAUAAACCGCCUCCAACGUCGUUUUAGAGAAUUUGGCAGUACGUCCAACCAUCCUCACAACUGCAUUUCAAAUGACUGAUUUCCUUAUAUGAACUGUAAUUCAGCAAUAGCGUUGAAAUUGUUGCAUGUUGGUUUUAUAUUUUUAAGCUCCCAGUAAUUUAUUGGUGAACCACCAACAUUUCAGCAUCACUGUGCCUUCUUCAGGCUUUAGUUUUGGUAUUGACAUGUAGACAGCAUAGGCUUACUACCACCUUAUGUUUACAGUUAUUUAGAAUAUCCUAUAGGCAUAUAGGCUACUGAACUCAGAAAUAAUAAAUAGUUGAAUACGUUUAUUUAUACCAUUAAGGAACAAAUCACUUUUGUGAAGUAUUUAGAGGGAGCAGCCUCAUUCUCAGACCUUUCUAAUAAUGAUCUCAUGAUAGGCUUUAGGGACAACCUGAUGGCAACUACCAAUACAGUCACCCCUUAGUUUUGACACCGGCCCGUGUAUUUGUGCUCUAGACAUCCUGAAGGUAAAAGCAGUGAGUGUUGGUGUGGUGGCCAUCAAGGGCCAUGAGACAGGCCGUUACCUGGCCAUGGACAAAGAUGGUCUUCUCUAUGGAUCGGUGAGUCUCUCCUAGCAACAUUGUGGAAAUUACUUUAUCAAACUCUGUAUAAAAUAAAACAGUUCCUAAUCAAAAACCCAGAUGGAAAACUACUGUGUAGCUUUCCCUCCCUGAGCUAGACCAUUUGAGCAUGUAGCCUAACGAACCUAAGAAUUAUUAUGAGUAAUCCAUUACCCUGGGGGUAAUCACGAUCAUCAAGCAAUGACAAACAGAUGUGUCAAGAUGGGUUGCUUUGGGUUUCCUAUCUUGAAGUCAAAGUCUUCAUUCAUUGCUAUGAUUAGAGGCUAGAUUUCCGGACACAGAUAAUCUCCAUUGAGCAUACUUUUUAGUCCAGGACUAGGUUUAAUCUCUGUCCAGGAAACCACCCCUACAUGUUCUUAAUCUAACUUUGUCUAUUCCAGAAAACCUUGAAGGAUGACUGUUACUUCCUGGAGAAGAUAGAGGAGAACCAUUACAACACGUACAGGUCUCAGAAGUACCAAGACAAAGACUGGUUCCUGGGGCUCAAGAGGAACGGGCAGCCUAAGGCUGGCCCAAGGACACACACAGGCCAGAAGGCCAUCUAUUUUCUGCCUCGGCCUGUUGACAUCACCACCAUGUAA